AUGCUGGGGAAGGAGGAGGAGGAGGAGGAGGAGGAGGGGAAAGGAGCGCGGCUUCCUCCGCCCCCAGUCGGGGAGAGUCCGUUAGCGGGAGCGCAGGGCCGGGGCGGCGGUGCCGAGGAGAAGUUUGCGGCAGCGCCGAGCCCCCGCGGCACCGGCAGCGGCACCCCGCUCCGCCCGCAGGCUCUCUGCCGCGGCGGCCGGCCGGGCAGCAUGGUCCCCGCGGCGGCGGCGGCGACGGGGCGGCGGGGGGCGGCGGGCCGCCUCCUGGCCCUGCUGGCGGCCGCCUCGCUCCUCCGCCUCCGCGCGGCAGGUGAAAUGGAAAUUCCAGAUUCAAAUGACCCCUUAGGUCAUGCAGAUGGACUUGAGAGACCAAUUCCAACACCUAAAGGUUACUUCCUGACCUUUUUGGAACCAGUAAACAAUAUCACUGUAGUCCAGGGGCAAACAGCAAUCCUCCACUGCAAGGUAGCAGGAAAUCCGUCUCCAAAUGUCAGAUGGCUAAAAAACGAUGCUCCAGUGGUUCAGGAGCCAAGACGGAUCAUCAUUAGAAAAACAGAUUAUGGUUCACGUCUGAGAAUCCAGGACCUUGAUACUACGGAUACGGGAUACUAUCAAUGCGUGGCUUCAAAUGGGAUGAAGACGAUAACUGCAACAGGAGUGUUGUUUGUACGGCUCGGUCCAACAAACAGCCCAAAUCACAAUCUUCAAGAAGAUUACCAUGAAGACGGGUUCUGUCAGCCAUACAGGGGAAUUGCGUGUGCACGAAUCAUUGGAAACAGGACAAUUUAUGUGGACUCCCUCCAGAUGCAAGGGGAAAUUGAAAACCGAAUUACUGCCGCAUUUACCAUGAUUGGCACUUCCACACAUUUGUCCGAUCAGUGCUCACAGUUCGCUAUACCAUCCUUCUGCCACUUCGUGUUUCCCCUGUGUGAUGAGCGCUCUCGGACCCCUAAGCCAAGGGAGCUGUGCCGGGAUGAAUGUGAAGUUCUGGAGAAUGAUCUCUGUAGGCAGGAGUACAACAUUGCUAGGUCAAACCCCCUCAUCUUGAUGCAGCUACAGUUGCCUAAGUGUGAGGAUCUCCCACGACCUGACACCUUGGAAGCUGCCAACUGCAUAAGGAUCGGGAUCCCUGUGGAGAGACUCAGCCGGUAUCAUCAGUGCUACAAUGGUUCUGGAGCAGACUACAGAGGGACGGUCAGCAUUACGAAGUCUGGCCACACUUGCCAACUCUGGGACUCCCAGAGUCCCCACAGCCAUGAUCUGACAAGCGCACAGUUUCCAGAGCUAGGUGGAGGACAUGCAUAUUGCCGAAAUCCUGGAGGUCAGAUGGAUGGGCCCUGGUGUUUUACAAAGAAUAAAAACGUACGCAUGGAACUGUGUGACAUACCUUCUUGUAGUCCACGUGACAACAGUAAAAUGGGAAUCCUCUACAUCCUGGUUCCCAGCAUAGCCAUCCCUCUGGUUAUCGCCUGCCUUUUCUUCCUGGUCUGUAUGUGCAGAAACAAGCAGAAGGCAUCUGCUGCUACACCACAGCGCCGCCAGCUGAUGGCAUCUCCUAGCCAGGACAUGGAAAUGCCACUCAUUAAUCAACACAAACAGGCUAAACUUAAAGAAAUCAAUCUGUCCACUGUGCGGUUUAUGGAGGAACUAGGAGAGGAGAGAUUUGGCAAGGUCUACAAGGGGCAUCUUUUUGGUACAGCACCAGGUGAACAGACACAAGCUGUUGCUAUCAAGACACUCAAAGACAAAGCAGAACUGGCUCUUCGGGAAGAAUUCAAACAUGAGGCAAUGAUGAGAUCACGAUUACAGCACCCAAACAUUGUUUGUUUGCUGGGAAUAGUGACGAAGGAACAACCUAUAAGCAUGAUUUUUAGUUAUUGUUCCCACAGUGACCUCCAUGAAUUCUUGGUGAUGAGAUCUCCCCAUUCGGAUGUUGGCAGCACUGAUGAUGACAAGACAGUAAAAUCCACACUGGAACCAGCAGACUUUUUCCAUAUUGUGACUCAGAUAGCUGCAGGAAUGGAAUAUCUUUCAAGCCACCAUGUUGUCCACAAGGACUUGGCCACUAGAAAUAUACUGGUGUUUGAUAAACUGAAUGUGAAAAUAUCCGAUUUAGGCCUUUUCAGGGAAGUUUACGCUGCUGAUUACUACAAACUGAUGGGAAAUUCCCUUCUUCCUAUCCGGUGGAUGUCCCCUGAGGCUAUUAUGUAUGGCAAGUUUUCUAUUGAUUCGGAUAUAUGGUCAUAUGGAGUUGUGUUGUGGGAAGUUUUCAGCUAUGGCCUGCAGCCUUACUGUGGUUAUUCUAACCAGGAUGUCAUUGAGAUGAUCAGGAACCGACAGGUUUUGCCAUGUCCUGACGACUGCCCCACAUGGAUAUACACUUUGAUGUUGGAGUGUUGGAAUGAAUUUCCCAACAGAAGACCAAGAUUUAAAGAUAUACACAACAGACUAAGAACAUGGGGAAACCUUUCUAAUUACAACAGCUCAGCGCAAACCUCUGGGGCAAGCAACACCACGCAAACAAGUUCUCUCAGCACAAGCCCUGUUAGCAACAUCAGCAAUGCUAGGUACAUUGGACCAAAGCAGAAAACUCCAGCUUUCCCUCAACCACAGUUCAUACAAAUGAAAGGGCAGAUGAGACCGAUGGUCCCACCUCCUCAACUUUACAUUCCAGUCAAUGGUUACCAGCCAAUGCCUGCCUAUGGCGCUUACUUGCCAAAUUUUUAUCCUGUCCAGAUUCCAAUGCAAAUGGCUCCUCAGCAAAUUCCUUCCCAGAUUAUUCCCAAACCAGGCUCCCACCACAGCGGGAGCGGAUCUACCAGCACAGGCUAUGUAACAACGGCGCCUUCUAAUGCGUCGGUGGCCGACAGGGCUGCUCUGCUUUCGGAGGGCACGGAUGACACACACAAUGGAACAGAAGAUAUCACCCAGAAUCCUGUCCAGGAGGAGGAGGAAGAGGAGGGCUCUGUGCCUGAAACAGAAUUGCUGGGCGAUAAUGACACACUUCAGAUGGACGAAGCAGAAAUUCAAUCAGAAGCCUAAGGAAUUUGGCCUCAUUUCUAAGAAUUUCACAUCACUUCCAUGAAUGGAUACUGUAGAUCCUCAGGCUUUAUAGCAGUGAUUCUGAUCUGACUAAAAGAAACAAAACUAAAAAACCUACACCCGCAUAAAGUGCAGCAGUAAUGACAUAAUGGGUUUAUUGACCAUUGCCACCAUCAGAUUUUGCAAAUAUGAUGGUAUAGAAUUGCUGGGUUUAAUCUUUUUUACUGUCCUAUAGUUCUUGAGGGAAGCUGCUUUUCAGUUAUGUACUGUUGCUGUGCAACAUAUUGCAGAGUAGCAUUGCACAUCAUGUAUAUCAUGAUAUAUGAGUGUAAUGUUAGUGAAUUAUGCUUAAACCAAUAACACAAAAAGGAAUCCAACUAUGGUUGCAGAAUUGCUCUGAGCAUAAAGAAGUGCCCUGGAUGUGAUGGACAGCUUAGUUUAUAGUAUUUAUCUCUUUGAUAUAAUGGACACAAGAUUGUUGUUUGCUUUUUGAGUCUGAAAAAAUAACAAGUUGAGAAUACUGAUCCUUGUUUGUAUUACCAUAACCAGAAAAGUAGGGAAACUGAACAUAAAAUUGGCUGUGCUGAGUCAGACCAUGGGUCUGUCCAGCCCAGUAGCAUGUCCUGAAAGGCCAUCGAUGAUGUCUGCCCAGGGAAGACUGCAAGGGCAAUUUCCCUUGUAGAAUUUCCCCAGGGUAUUUCCCCAGCCUCCAGCAAUUUGUGGCUUAGGGACUUCCCAAGCCAGAAGUGGAUUUUUUUUCUGUUUAAUAGUCCUGGAUGGAAUUUUCUACUAUGAAUUUAUGCAAAUGAUUCUGAACCCAUAUAAACUUAUAGCAUCCACAACAUCCUGUGGAAUAACAUGAGAGGAGAGAGGAUGGCUUUCUUUCAUCAUUCCCAAUGAAUGACUGUGACAGAAGCUUCCAAAUGAGAUCGUCUGACUGCAUUUGUGGAUGAAAGUAUUCCUUCUCUGCUGUGUAUUUUCAGCAGCAAGCAGCCUUAAUACACUGUUAACCAAAAAUGGGGAUAUUGUAGGGGAUAUUGUAGGUGUGCACUAACUUAACAAUCCAACUUUAAUUGCAUAUUGGUUAUCAAGUACAGAAAAGGACUGCACAUGUAUGUUCCCACAUUGUAAAAGUGUUGGGUUUGGUGUGGGGUUAUAGAGUUACUUGAUUUACCGCAAUUACUGCUGGAUUGCAUGUGAAACCAUGUUUUUUCCUGCCUCUUUAGUGAAAAUGAAUCUUUGAACUUUAGAAGACCAAAAUAAGCAAUACUGUACAAAGUGCUGGUUUUGUGCUUCUAUUUGCAGGAUGAAUCAUGUACAGACCUUUAAAUGUAAUUUAUGUUUUACCACAUUUUAUAUACUUUUUUUCAUUGAAAUAUUUGGAUUUUUGAAUGAAUGACUUUAUAACUUAACCAUUUACAAUAUUCACAUGUGGUGCAGUUUUAUUGUAUUGCUGUUCCAUUUUGUUAAACACGCAGACAGGUCCAUACAUUUCAAGACCCUUUCUGUAAUACAAGCAAUACACAUUCUCAUUGUAGCAUUGUAGCCAACACACACUAUAGCUAUAAGUUGUACAUCCAACAUGGAGAAUUCAAUAAAGUGAUGCAAAAAGUAUGAUUAAGUAUGUUAUCUUUAUAGUUCCUACAGCCGCUGUUUUGUUAUGGUACUUUGUGGAUAUAGAAAUUGACACAGUUCCUUAUGUUCCAGGUUUCAUACCUGAAAUGCAACUUUUUAUUUUAUUACAUUGGGAUUCACUUGUAAGUGGUGUAUCAUUGUGAUCUACACCCUGUGUUCAUGGUAUGGCAGCAUUACUUGUUUCCAGCAUUUCACCUGGAUUUGGAAAUGCACUGGUAGGAAUAAAAUAUGAAAGCUUUAUUACUUGUGUUAAUAUAAUGCAGCUUUGGGUGCUAUUACUAAA